CCCGGAAGUAUUUCGGCGGACGUACCGGAAACAAUAGCUCGGCCGAAGGUUCCGUCCACGAAUUAGUUUCCCUGUGGAGCUAAAGUUCACCGAUGUAAACACACGGAAAACAAGGCUACGGAUAUGUGAUCUCCGCCUGCUGAAGCAUUAUGAGUGAGCUGUGCCCACCCCCAGACAUGGCAGAGGAACGGCAGCGAGAGGACGGGGACGACACCUGUCAGGACGCUGAUGAAAAUACGCUGGGCGGGCCACAAGCUCCCUGCUCUGAGAUCACAGCAAAGGUGAGGGGAGAAGGGGUCGCUCAGUGCCAGAAGUCCCGCCCACAACUCACAGAUCUGAAGGGCGGAGAGUCCCAGCCGGUUGAAGCUGUUGAACCAGUUGACCUUCAUCCUGAUGAAGAGCAGCAGCGAGAGGAUACAGCGUUAUCACCCACACCUGCGAACACUGAGGAGGACGAGAUGACGGGUGUGGACGUGGCACCGGCGGUUAAAGAUGAGGACGACUCAACUGAAACCGAAGAAUCUUCAGCAGAGAAAAAAGAAGAGAUCAACCACUGUGAGACGGAUCAUUUAGGUUCUGGGGAUGGUCCGGAAGAGAAAAAUGAAGAAAACUCUGCAGGAGAAGCGGAUCAGGAAGCAGCAGAGGAGGAGGAAGAAGAUCCGCAGGAGGCUCCUGUUCAGGAGGCGCAACCUGAAGGAGGAGCCCUGACGUUCUGGAUGGUGGCGGUCGGCGUCGUUGUUCUGGCCGUCUUGUUGUGGCCCCUCCUCCGAUCCAGUCCUCCUCCUGGCGUGGAGGACGUGCGUCCGGUGGACGUCUUCCUGAAGCAGAUGGAAACGGUGAAGACUCGGUUUCCUAACCAGCGCGCCGAGCUGUGGAACCGAAACAGGAUCCACGUGAAGAGGCACCUGCAGACGCUCCGCCCCACCGAGCCCGUCAGCCUCAUCCUGACGGCCGGCCUCAAAGCGGAGAGGACGCUGCGCUGCCUGGCUCAGAGUCUGGCCUCCGCCUUCUCCACCGCCGUCAACGCCUCCGUCCUCCACAUCGACGGCGCCGGCGCCGCCCGCCAGGACAGCGACCGCGUCAAACUGGACAUCGACAGGCAGCUGCAGGGGGCGUUCGAGGGGGACAAACCCGUCGCCGUCAUUCACCGCUUCGAGGAGCUGCCGCCCGGCUCCACCCUCAUCUUCUACCGCUACUGUGACCACGAGAACGCCGCCUACAAGAAAGUCUUCCUGAUCUUCACCGUGCUGCUGCAGGAGGAGGACGAGAUCCCCGGGACGGCGGGCCUGAGCGCCGUGGAGGAGAUGGUGGACGACCACCUCCAGAAGAAGUUCCUGUCCCAGGACCGGCCGGCGUCCUUCGACAGGAUGGACAUCGACAAGUACGGCGGGCUGUGGAGCCGCAUUUCCCACCUCAUCCUGCCGGUGGCAGCAGAGGAGCGGGUGGAGCUGCACGGCUGCUAGCAGACUCUUCUAGAAACAAAGAUUUCUUCUUUUUAUGGAGCAUUUAGAGAAGAGAGCGGAGCUGAAGCACUUUAUCCUCAUUUCCUUUGAUCAGGUGUAAUUAUUGAUGGAUUGUUGGGGGGUUUACAUUUUAAAGAUAAAGUUUUAUAUUUAAUUAUUCUGCAGAAAACGUUUUAAUUACACUUUUAAUCGAACCUCCUCUCUUCUGUUUACUGUCUCACUACCAGUAAACACGUGUUGGUUGUAAACAAACAGUGAUCACGUGUGCCUUAAACCACAAAUAAACUGAUCAGUUCUAAAA